AUGAUGUACCCACCGAGACACAGCAAACGGAGAGACCCCUGGACGGCCACGGUGCAGGCAAGAACUCUCAGGCCUAGUCGCUUUAUGAAUGAGGCACGCCAGCAGAAGCUACUACUGCUGAAAAGGGGAGAAGAACUCAAUCACCACUCAAUCAAACUUAAGAGCAUGGCUGCACAGGCAAGACACACUGUCUUUAUGCAAUAUAUAUACGUCAAGGUGGAAACAAUUAUCAUGUUUGCUUUAACUACCGACUAUCUUGAAGCUAAUAGACUAGAAUGUAUAUCGGCUACUGUGCAUACUGCAAAAAGUCCUCGCUGCAGACAGACUACAAAACACUCAAAAUACUUAGCCCCUAAACCAGGUAGCAAAAAGCCAGCAUGCUCUAGACCCGAUCCACCCUCAUUGCCAAGCGAUCAGAGCUUGCCCCUAGAUGAACAGGUUGGCAGCGAGCAUCUGAACAAAGUGUGUGCAGCAACAUCGCCACUUGCCGCCUCAGAAGAUAUUCAUGUUGAGCUAGGAACGUGCGCUAAGGAUGAAGUGGCUGCUCCGCCCCACAGAAAAACUACGCAGGAUCUUACAGAGGAAUUCAAAGAUCUGAAUUGGGCUAAAGUUGAUGAGUUUAAUUCAUUCAAAGCAAAGUUAGAAGAAGAGGCACGUGAAGAAGACCGACUUCGGAAGCAGAAGCAGCUUCGAGAUGCCCUCGAAGACCAACUUCGCGAACAAAAGCUGGCCAAAGAACUACAAAAGCGAGAGAUCCUCGAAAGCGCAAAGGAGCUGCAGAAGGAUCUAGAGUUGUGGAAGUGAGUUUGUGUCUAGUCCACGACUAUCUAGACUGAUGCUGCACAGGAAACUAUAGCGGAGCAGCUGAGGGAGAGUCGUGAGGUUCUUGAGCAAGUAUCCCGAGAUUUAGAGCUUGAAAAACGCAGGGCACAAAAAGCAAAAGUGCAGAAAGCUCGCGCUAUGCAGGAAAUCCUGGAGAAAGAGCUGGCGACACAGAGUGCACUAAAGAGAGAUGCCGCAGACCAAGCACGGCGGCAGGCGAUGGAAAAGGAGGCCAUGGCCAGAAAAAAGGCGGAGCAGCUGGAAGUGCAUGAAUUCCUGAAGCUGCAGCGAAAGGAAAAGGAGCAGCAGAAGGAGUUGGAAAGACAGGAAAGACACCAAUUGCAGAAGCUGCAAGAACUUGACGCGCAGGAGUACAAGGCAAAGGAAGAAUUGGCUCAGCGCAACAGGAGAGCACUUCUCAAGAGCCAGCAAGAACUUCUUGUGAAACAGAUGGAAGAACGCAAGCUCAACAAGGAUAUCUUGGUUAGUCAGACAGAGAUGAAGCUGAAUCGCCGCCUUCUUGAAGAGGUGAACGACUACUUGCUGCACAAGACACAAGCCGCCCCUGCCGUAGAGUCCGACGAAGUCUAA